AUGUGUGGCAGUGAAGCCAGCGACGUCAGAUCAUUGUUACAGAUUAGUUAUCCCAUGGAAAACGGUAUCAUCAAGAAUUGGGAGGAUAUGGAGCAUUUAUGGGACUAUGCGUUCUACGAGAGAAUGAAAAUUUCCACUGAAGGACAAAAAAUUUUGUUGACAGAACCUCCCAUGAACCCAUUGAAGAAUAGAGAAACUAUGUGUGAUGUUAUGUUUGAGAAAUACCAGUUCGGAGGUGUCUAUGUUGCUAUUCAGGCAGUGUUGGCGUUGUACGCUCAAGGAUUGAGUUCUGGUGUCGUGGUUGACUCCGGAGAUGGUGUUACUCAUAUCGUGCCAGUGUACGAAUCAGUGGUUUUAAACCAUUUGACAAAGAGAUUAGAUGUUGCCGGAAGAGAUGUAACUCGUAACUUGAUCAACUUGUUGUUACGCCGAGGCUAUGCAUUCAACAGAACCGCCGACUUUGAAACCGUGAGACAAAUAAAGGAAAAGUUGUGCUACGUUUCCUACGAUUUGAAUUUGGAUACAAAAUUAGCUCAAGAAACUACCACCUUGGUAGAGUCCUACGAAUUACCCGAUGGAAGAGUCAUCAAAGUGGGCUCGGAAAGAUUCGAAGCACCAGAGUGUUUGUUCCAACCUCAUUUGGUCGACGUAGAACUGCCUGGUGUUGGUGAAACCCUUUUCAACACAAUUCAAGCCGCAGACCUCGACGUCAGAGCAUCUCUUUUCAAGGCUAUCGUCUUGUCGGGAGGCUCCUCCAUGUACCCAGGAUUACCCUCAAGGUUGGAGAAGGAAUUAAAACAAUUAUGGUUGACCAGAGUGUUGAAUAACGACGCUUCGCGGUUGGAUAAAUUCAAAGUAAGAAUUGAGGAUCCCCCAAGAAGAAGACAUAUGGUGUUCAUCGGUGGUGCCGUGUUGGCAAAUAUCAUGGCCGACAAGGAUCACAUGUGGAUUUCAAAACAAGAAUGGGAAGAACAAGGUCCAAGAGUAUUGGAAAAAUUGGGCCCUCGCUAA